AUGACGACGGAAAACUCAUCAGCCGGCGAAGCACCCGCCAGCACGCCGCGCGCAAUGGGCCAGAAAUCCCAUGAGCUUCUCACAUGCACCAUCAAGACCCCGGCCUUUUCUUACGCCCAGUUGGAACUUAUCUCCGAGUCUCCGACAACAUCACAAGAGGCACUCGAGCUGGACAACCUUCAAGUACGCUCGUAUUGCAAUGCCGCCCUCAGCCAAUUCCUGGGCGCAACAGGUUCCGCCAUUCCCAUCGAUAUACUCAAAGUCGAGGGAGCGCAAUGCUGGUUGCGCGUGCCCCGACAGGACCUUAGCCCCGUUACCGCCGCGAUCACGGCGUGGGCAGGCAUCUCGGACCAAGGCAGCCGGCAAGUUCUCCGAGUGAAGCAGUGCUCUGACUACUUGGGCGCCAUUGUCGGUACCGAUGGCCAGGAAAAGCUUUGGUCGUCAUGA